CAUUGAAUGCUGCGUCAAAGGUGAUUGUGCAUACACACGGUGCAGACGCGUUGUGUGGUUUGGUGAAGUUGUGUUUUCGUUGUGAGUCAUACCCAAAUCAUUGGCCAUUGUUUGUUGUACGCGGUUUUUGGAACAAUUGUGUUAGCUUUUUUUUUGGUUGGUUUGGUUCUAAAGUUAAGUGUAUUGAGUGUUACGAGCCUGAAGCCAGCUGCUGCAUUGUGAACUUGUAGCAGGAAGUAUCCGUGAUGAUGAAAUCACGCCUGCUCGGGCUGGUUGGCAUUUUGCUGCUGGCCCUAACCGCUGUAAGCAGCUCACCGGUCAAACAAACAAGCAACCCAUCAAACAACAAGCGGCUGUUGGGAGCGAAAGAAUGCACCUGGGGACCAUCGUACUGGUGUUCUGAUAUCAGGAACGCCAAAUCCUGUGGCGCCGUAUCGCACUGCAUCCAAACCGUGUGGGAGAAGCAACAUUAUCCGGUGGAUAAUGAUGAGAUCUGCAACAUCUGUCUGGACAUGGUAAAGCAGGCCCGGGAUCAGUUGGAAAGCAACGAAACGCAGGCGGACCUGAAAGCCGUGUUCGAGGGUUCGUGCAAGCUGAUCCCGGUGAAGGUCGUGAAGAAGGAGUGCUGCAAGCUGGCCGAUGAUUUCAUACCCGAGCUGGUGGAGGCACUCGCGUCCCAGAUGAACCCGAACGUGGUGUGCAGCGUGGCCGGUCUGUGCAACAAUGCCGCCAUCGACAAGCUGUUGGCCGAGAUGCCGGCCACCAAGCCGCAGAAGGACGUGGAGGACGAUGAGGAGUCGAGCGAGCGGCUGGACGGGGCGCCGGACGGCAGCAGCACGUUCAGCUGCGAGCAGUGCAACACGAUUGCGGGUCAGAUCGAGCGUCGCUUCCGGGAGACCGAUCGGGACAGCGUGCUGGAAGGGUUCCUGCGUGUGUGCGGCGAAAUGUCCUCGUACUCGGACGCUUGCUCGAGCCUGGUGCUCACCUACUUUGGCGAUGUGUACGCGCAUCUGAAUCGCAACCUGAAGGCGGAUGCGGUGUGCCAUCUGACUGGGGUGUGCGCUGCAAACUUCCACCAGCAUGACGAUAAGCAGAUCGAGGUACGGCCGAUGGGCGGUGUUGGCGUGCUGCCGGUAAUGGUUGGCGGUGGUGACGAUGUGCCGUGCAAGCUGUGCGAGCAGCUGGUCGAUCAUCUGCGUGACGUGCUGAUCGCCAACACGACCGAACUGGAAUUUAAGCAGGUGCUGCAGGGGCUUUGCAAGCAGACCAAGAGCUUUGCGGACGAAUGUAACAACCUGGUGGAGCAGUACUAUCGCGAAAUCUACGAAACGCUCGUGCACAACCUGAACAGUAACGAUGCGUGCUUCAUGAUUGGCGUCUGCCCGAAGGGACUGACGAUGGGCAAUGGGCCGAUUAUGCCACUGCUGCCAAUCGCGGUAGCAGCGCAGCACGAGCGCACCGUGGCCACGCGACCGAACCGUCGCCCGCUGCUCGGCGAGAACGAACCGUUGCUGUCCGCGUCCGAGGUGCAGCAGGCACAGCUGCCGAUCGAUCGCAUUAUGGGCGCACCGAGCCGACUGAACCUGGUCGAGAACGGCCGGUUCUGCACGCUGUGCGAAUACUUCAUGCACUUCGUGCAGGAGGCACUGGCCGAACCGGCGAAUGAGGACGAAAUUAAGGAGGUGGUCGGUACCACCUGCAACCGGCUGCCGGCCUCGAUCCGUGGCCAAUGUCACAACUUUGUGGAUGUGUAUGGCGAUGCGGUAAUUGCGCUGCUGAUUCAAUCGAUGGAUCCGCGCCAAAUCUGUCCCACGAUGCGCAUGUGUCCGGCCGCCCGGGAGGAUGUGGAAAUUUUUGCCCCCGGCCAGGUGGAGGUAACGGUCGAGGGACGGGCCGGCAACGAUAAGCCAACCUGUCCGCUCUGCCUGUUCGCCGUCAGCCAGCUGGAGGAGUCGGUGAAAACCGAUCGCUCGAAGGAAAACAUCAAGAGCGCACUGAGCAAACUCUGCACGCACCUGUCGCCGAAGCUGCGGCUCGAGUGUAACGAUUUCGUCGACACGUACACGGCGGAGCUGGUGGAAAUGUUGGCGUCCGACUUUACGCCCCAGGAGAUCUGCGUCUUCCUGAAGCUGUGCGUCGACCAGCGCCCGGACCUGAGCCUGCUCGGCAUGGAGCUCGAUUACGAGAAGCGUACGCCGUGGAGCGAGCGUCCGGCCCCACCCGCCCCGCACCCGUCCAUGUCAGGUGAUAUCGAAACGAACGAAAUUCCCGACCUGACCGUUAACGGCCAAAUCACGGUGGAUCACACGCCGAUGGUCAGCAGCCCGGAGUGUCUCGUCUGUCAGGAGAUGGUGAAGGAGCUCGAGAAGCGUGUGAAGAACAAGAAAAGCAAGGAGCAAAUUAAGGAAGCGCUCGAGCACGCGUGCGACCGCUUGCACAAGUACAAGACCAAGUGCGAAAAGUACAUCGAGCAGCACAGUGACCAGAUCGUCGAUCUGGUGUUGAAGCAACUGUCGCCGAAAGAGAUUUGCAACACGCUCGGAUUCUGUCUGCCGGCCAAGGACUUUACCGAUGAGCUGGACGUUGAUGAGGCACUGCUCGAUUACGUUGUGGAACCGGCCAUCAUGGAACCAGCCGCCAAGCAGGUGCUCGUCUCACCGUCCGCUACCGGCGCCGGUGAUGCAGAGACCAACCAACCACCACAGUGUGCGAUCUGCGAGUUCGUGAUGGUGAAGCUGGAGUCGGAGCUGGCCAACAAGAAAACGCGUGACGAGAUUGAGACCGCUGUGCGCAGUGUGUGUGACAAGAUGCCCAGCACCAUCACCAAGCAGUGCGACAAGCUGAUCGACCAGUACGGCGAGUUUAUUAUCAAGUUUCUGCAAACGUUGCCACCGCAGGCGAUCUGCACGCAGCUGGAUUUGUGCGAAAAGCAGAUGGCGCUGCUGAAGCAAUCGGAGCUGGAAAUUAUCGAGUGUGCCGUGUGCCAGGCGACGGUGAAGGAGCUCGACGAGCUGCUGAUGAGCGACCAGAUGCUGGACCAUGUGACGGAGUACGCGGACCGCAUCUGUGACGCGCUGCCGGCCAAACACUACACCCAGUGCGACCGGAUGCUGGGCGUGUACGGUGUGAGCAUGCUGCAGCAGCUGCGCCGUUCGAUCCAGCGCGAGCAGGUGUGCGUGAACAUCGAUAAGUGCAGUACGAUGGCGGCCAUACUGCUCGCGCUGCCGGAGUAUGCUUCCGCCGAGCGUGCGAUCGAUGAUGAUGAUGAUUCGGGCGAGGUGGAGCAGCCCGUCGAGCGGAAGGACGCCGAGCUGGUCGGACUGAACGAGUGCAGCUGGGGACCGGCCUACUGGUGUAAGGAUGAAGCCAGUGCCAAACAGUGCAAGUCCACGAGCUACUGCAAGGAGCGCAAACUUGGUUUCUGGCAGGAAACAGCCUAAUACACUAUCGUAAGUUUAGCGGGGGUUUUAGGAGAGUACUUUUUUUUAGGUUGGCGUGAUGAGCGAACCCUGGACCAAGGGCAGACACGAGAAGCAGGGCAUGUGUGCCCGGCCGGUGGUGUGCCGGUGGUGGGGCAACGUUUUUAUCUUACUGAAUCGAAAACGAAACAAAAAAGAAACAUGUAAUCGAUACCAAGAAGUGCUACUUUUUUUUUAGAAACUAAGACAAUGGAAAUUGAAGCAAGCGAAGGAAUGUUGUCGAGAAGGAGAUGUGUAGGGUAUAUGAGUUGGCUGUAGGGUUGAGGGUUGAGGGUUGAGCAGUGAAAGACAAGAUAGCGCGUAUCAAAAUCUUACCUUUGCGUAACUGGUUACGUUGUUGUAUCGCUCAAACGAUAUUGCAACAACUGUACGAGAACCACGUGCAUAAGGGCAAACAAAUCAGGCUGUUAAGACAAUGGAGGAUGAUCGAGAUAUAUAUGUAUAGCCAUAGCAUUGUGUUUUUUUUUCUCUUUCCUAUAUGGAAAGACAGAUUUCGAGAGCGAAAAGGAGCGAACAAAUGUUCAAAAAGUUUGGAAAUUUUCCGUUUAUCAGCGUUGGUACAUUGCAACCAUAAUUUCUAACAGCAACAAUAUAUACACGUGUGUAUGUGUGCGCGGUUUCUUUUUUCUUGUUGCCACGAACAUUCAUCGUCUGGGUGAGUGUGAGUGUGUAACGGAAAUAGCCCGUGCCGAUGCAACUAAUCAUUUUCAAAAGGCUAACUAAUUGAUAUUAUUCCUGGGUUUUCUAUGUUUUCUAAAUGCAAUAAACUGAAACUGUUAUACUAAACGGAAAA